GCGGGUUCUCCGGCAACCGCGGGGGUGUGCGUUAAGUAGGGCGAAGGACGGAGGGACCCCGGACCCCUCCUGCUCCGGAGAGACCGGCCGGAGGAGGAGCAGCUGAGAGCCCUGGGUGGGGUUUGCUGCCGUGCCUGGAGAUGGAGGAAGGAACGGUAGAGGUGAGGCAACGGAAGAAGCCAAAUGGCACAGAAACAGAAGAGAGAGCUCCCGAAGAAGGAAAUGAAGAAAACAAAAAGCCCAAAAAAUCUCCGAGGUAUGUUUUAAUUCCACGUUUUGCAAAGCUUUUCUUCGGCAGUGUUGCAGCCAUCGUCAGUGGAAUGAUGUAUGCCAUGUACCUUUCAACAUACCAUGAACGCAAAUUUUGGUUCUCUGGCAGGCCGGAGCUUGAGCGAGAAAUCACCUUUCAGGGCGAUAGCGCUGUUUAUUACUCCUUUUAUAAAGAAUUGUUAAAAGCACCUUCCUUCGAAAGAGGUGUUUAUGAACUUACCCGUGACAACAGAACUCUGUCAUUGAAGACCAUGAAUGCAGUGCAAAAAAUGACCUUAUAUCCAGAGUUGAUUGCCAGUGUAUUAUAUCAAGCAUCCGGCAGUGAAGAAGUUAUUGAGCCAGUAUAUUUUUACAUCGGCAUAGUGUUUGGCCUGCAGGGAAUUUAUGUGACUGCACUGUUUGUAACCAGCUGGCUGAUGAGCGGGACUUGGCUAGCAGGGAUGCUCACAGUAGCCUGGUUCAUUAUUAACAGGACAGAUACAACCAGAAUAGACUACUCAAUUCCUUCAAGGGAAAAUUGGGCACUCCCAUAUUUUGCUUGUCAGGUUGCGGCUCUUACAGGCUACUUAAAGAGCAGCACAAAUUCUUCUGCGGAGAGAUUUUCCUACCUGUUGGUGAGCGCUUCAACAUACACUUUUAUGAUGAUGUGGGAAUACAGUCACUAUCUGUUGUUUGUCCAGGCCGUGUGUCUCUUCCUGCUAGACACCGUAGCUCUUGCACAGACCGAAAAGGUACAUGAAGUGUACAAAAUCUACUUAUUUUCCCUAUUCCUGGGCUACGUUUUGCAGUUUGAGAAUGCAUCUUUAUUAGUAUCUCCUCUGCUGAGUCUUGUUACAGUUGCACUUCUUGCAAAAUGCCUCCAGAUGAAUACAAAAAAGGGGACACUUGUUUCAAGACUGCUGAAAGUAUUUUAUUUUUAUUUGGUGUUCACAAUAGCAGUGACAUUGAAUCUUGUAGUAAAGACAUUUGUUCCACAUAAAGAAAAUGAGCAUUUAAUGAAAGUUCUUGAAAUAAAAUUGGGUUUAAACAAAACAAAGAACUUCACAAUGAACUGGCUCCUUUGUCAAGAGUCACUUCAGACGCCAUCCCAAGACUUCUUUUUGCGGCUCACUCAGUCCUCUCUGUUGCCUUUCUAUGUUUUAGUGCUCAUCAUCUGCCUCUUCUCCGUAGGCCAGGUCAUUUGGAGGAGAAUUAGUGGCGAACCAGUCAGUGAAACAUCUACCCUUGAGGGUGGGAGGAUUGGAGAAAGGCCGGAAGUCAUGUAUCAUGUACUCCACACAAUUUCAUUGGGGUCGCUUGCAAUGAUGAUGGAAGGAAUGAAGUAUCUGUGGACCCCUUACGUUUGCAUGCUUGCGGCAUUUGGGGUGUGCUGCCCUGAGCUCUGGAUGACCCUUUUCAAGUGGAUGCGACUGAAAGCGGUGCACCCCAUCUUGUUGGCUCUGAUCUUGAGCAUGGCUGUUCCUACUAUCAUAGGCUUCAGCCUGUGGAAGGAGUUUUUUCCUAGGAUAAUGGCAGAACUUUCAGAACUGCAAGAAUUUUAUGACCCUGACACAGUCGGACUCAUGACCUGGAUAAAAAGGCAGGCACCUAUUGCUGCUGUGUUUGCCGGCAGCCCACAGCUAAUGGCCAUAAUCAAGUUGUGCACUGGAUGGAUGGUAACAAAUCUGCCUGUGUACAGUGAUGAAGACCUGCAAAAGAGAAACGAGAAUAUUUUCCAGAUCUAUUCCAAAAGAUCAGCUGAGGAUAUUUAUAAGAUACUCACCUCAUACAAAGCUACCUACUUGGUUAUAGAGGAUUCGAUUUGCAAUGAAGUAGGGCCUGUGAGAGGGUGCCGAGUCAAAGACUUACUGGAUAUUGCUAAUGGGCAUGUGUAUUGUGAAGAAAGCGACAGCUACGGCUAUUCAAAAUAUGGACGAUUUUGUCAGGAGAUUAAAAUGAACUAUUCUCCAUAUGUGAAUUAUUUCACUCGAGUGUACUGGAACAGGUCCUACUUUGUAUAUAAAAUCAACACUAUAAUAUCCUUCCAGUCCUGAGAAGUCAUGAAGACCUUCUUCCUAAACACUGACUUUGGGGGGCAAAAUUCUUAAAUGGGAUGAGGUCAUUUUACGGAGUGUUCUUUUUUUCCUAUAUGGCAUAUACAUCAUAGAGACACACUCAACCAGGUGAGAAUGUGCAAAUGCUCACAAGUUGAUCCAAUUGGAAUACUGCAGACUGACUGCAGUAUAGCGAGACAGAAAAUCAUGUUCUAGGGCCUUGCAAAUACUAAUCAAUGUUACAAAAUAUGACAGUCUUCCAUAUUUUUAAAUACCUCUUCUUGACUUCUUAGUUGUGAUAACCUUAUUUUUUGUGUGCAUUGAUGCUAUGUUUUCAAUGUUAACUGUGUUUUUAACUAGACCUAUUUACUCUGGUAAAUGCAAAAAAAGUGACACGAUCAUACCGGGCAUGAUCCUCUUGACACUAUGCACUAUAUAUGGAGGCUUUUUUGUGGGGGUGGUCUCCUUUUGCAGCUAUUCUAAGCUCCCUCUAAACUGCUUUUUAAAUUCAGGGAAGAUUUUAAAAAGCAGUUAGCUUUGAUUUGGCGACUGAUGAAGCUAAUGAGGAUUAUGGUGGAGGCAGGUAUGUGCAUGCCUUCUCUCUUACCUGAAUUUUCUUGGGCGUGGCUGGUGGCUGCAGUCUGCUUGCUGUUCAAGAUACUGGUAGAUCUCUCAUGGAUUUUUAAUGGAGUGUAAGUGUAUCCUGUGAAAGGAAUAAAUACAGUAGAUUAUGCAUCUUUUUAAUAUAAAAAAUACCCUCAGUUAAGAGUUGGCAAAUGUCUGAUUUUCUUUGACAUUAGUUCUUUUGCAGAUCUGUUGUUUGAGACCUGCAAGUUGUAAAAAAUAGACAAUUCAUUCCUCAAACAAGAAAAGGGCUUAGAUUUUGUGGAUUUCAACCACUGCAUGGAACUGUGUUGCCUGCUUGACCAUGACAAAGUGGUGUUUACCAUUUAGCCCAGUUAAUCUUGCUAAAAUGUUUUUGGCAGAUUAGGAUUUGACAAAUCCACACACUGCAAACCAAUCUACUAACUGCAUGUUUGGGUUUCUUCAAAUUAAAAAUAUAUUGAUUUGGUAUCUUUCUCUUAUUCUCUUUAUCUUACUUGCACCACUCCUUUGUUUUUUCCCUCUGAACCUGUUCUUGCAGCCCUUAAGGAAACGGUAAGGUUAUUACUCUAAACGAGGACUGUGAAAACAUUCCUGGAUGCCUGCGGGAAGGCAUUUUAUCCAAAGAUUAGAACUGAAAUUCCUCUACUGACUUUAUACAUCCGUAGUACAUAAACAAGAGAGAAGCCAUGCACAGGGGAAAAAAAGUACUUUUAUUACAUGAAUUUUGUAUAGUGCUUAUUGACUGAUCAGUGCUGCCUGUAUAUGCCAAUCAAACAACGCGGAUGCAAGAUUUUGAAAAACAGUUCAUGGUUGUAAACUGUCUGAUCAUUUUAAUGUUUGUUAAAUUGAAUCUGAAGACCUGUUUGCCAUGCUGGGCAGGGGAACAGCCCAAAUCACUCCACAGAAUUUAAAUCAUAGAGGGGUUGUGAUUUGCCUUAUAACAGAAAUAGCUUGUGAUGCAUUCAUUUUGGUGAGGUUUGUAUGUGUGUGUGUGUGUUGUUUGCUAGAACUUUUCAGGCUAUUCUUGUGCGUUUCUGUCUCUGCACUGAAUUGCUUUUGUUGCUGCAGCAAAGGAUAGCAGCUGUGAUUUAUCUCGCGCUACUUCAAGGGAAAUUUUAACUUUCCCCCCCAAUAGUAAGGCGUACUGAUUUAAAUGGUUGCUUUUGGACAGUUUUUGGAAUAGUCCUCCAAAACACCUGUUGUCAACCAGGAACUUUUGCUGUGUGAUCUCCAUUCAUUUCUAUGGGCUUUCAGUCCCCCCAGAAAUGAGUAUAUAUUGCACAGCAGCAGCUUGACAAUGUGUCUGUUCUGUUCUGAUAGGCUAACAGAAGACAUUAGGAGGUAUAAACUAGAACCCUGUGUGUCAGUCUCGAAUGCUCAUGAAUUCCAUUCAUAACUAUUGUGCUUGUGGUUUGGCUGUGACAAACCUACUAGCUCCAUUCAGAGUGUAGUAUUUUAUUUCAGCCUCUGAAAAGGGCUUCAUUUCUGAGUAUUACUUCAGUGAUAAGUGUGGGUCAUAUUUGGAGUGUAACCAACUCUUAUUUGCUACAGUAAACAACACAGAGCCAUUUUACAUAGAGAAGAUAAAUCUUCCAUUUCAUUUCAUUUGAGCUUAAAUGUGGUGCUCAAGCCUUACCUUAAUGCCUGUAGUGAUUUUACUGACUGCAUCUCAUUGGGUUAUUGUUGUUGGAAUAGAAUUGAAAUCUGAAGAAUUUCAAGUUUGUUCUCAGCUUGGGAGAGUUAUUACAACAUGGAGUUGUUAGACUUGAGAAAACAAGUUUGUUAUGUGAGGGGGAGAAGAUGUACUUAUUGGGGCUGCUAGCUACAGAGCAAGAAUUUUUGAAAUAAUGCUACUGUUUUCUCUCCCCCCACCUCCCAAAGCAGUUGUAGCAAACAGUAAAAUGUCAGAUCUCUUAUGCUGGCUGUUGAACAGUCAGAAAGAGUAAAAGGUGGGGAGAAGGGUGUGUGUGAUUUCCACUUCUGUAAAAUGCAGCAAUUUUUCAGAUGUUCUCUGAAGACUUUAGAGGUAUUAAAAUGUAGAAAUUUUGUAAGUGGCACCUAAGGUAGUUAUUUAUCAUACAUUUUAUGUUUCUAAUGAAAGGAGAAAUAAGUGUAGUCCUGAGGAAAAGAUUGAAAUGUUCAAACCUCUUGCUGUUGGUGUUGUAAUCCACUUGGAAAAUGUGCCUUGGGGACUUUUUAUUAAAGAAAAAAAACCCUU